CUUAGUUUAUUGCAACCUGAAGCAGACGCGCGCGUCCACUUUAUCUUGGAGCGAGAUCGUGACUAAUAUGUUUCUUACGCUUAUACACUGCAGUUUCACCUUCUCUUUAGCGAUGACGGAAUACAGCGUUGUAUAUCCAACACUGCUCAGCGCUCGUGAUUCCGGAGGAAAGAAAAUAAUAAAAGUGAAUAAACGCAUGACCCUCAACCUAGAAAAAAGUGAAGUGUUUUCCAGCGACUUCAUGUUUGUAACCGAAGAAAAUGGCAAAAAAACUCAUCUUCUCAUGAGCAAAUAUGAGUUUGAGAAGGAUUUGUAUCACGAUCAAAGUCUAAUGGCUGCAUUAUUGGUCCGCACGGACGAUGGUAUACAAGUGGAAGGCAUCAUCAACGACACUAUGCGUAUUAAGCCUCUGCUGGAAAUGCCCCGUUCUAUCAACGGUCAUAUUCCGCACAAGUUGUUUGAAGAGCCAGCACAAACACGGAUUCCUAAGCACCAAGACUACAAACCAGCUAACAUAACAGAAAGAGGGGACACUACUCGGGCCUAUGUGGAGGCUCGAAGUAAAAGGAGAAGUUAUUACCCUGAAGUAUACAUUGUGCAAGAUUCUGUUCACGCUAAAGUAUUUAAUUUCGACAAGAAAAAGGUCAUCGAGUACUUCACUGUUUUUUGUGCCGCGGUGAAUUUGAGAUAUGCGACAAACCGAGAGGUAAAGAACCAGCUUCGAAUCGCAGGGAUUACUAUGUCAACCACUGAGGAGACAUUUCUUGUUCACCCUGGAGGCGAUCGAUAUGAAGUUUUAGACGAAGAAACCCUGGCAAACUUCAAUACAUACUAUCAAAGUAAACUUGAGUUUACUGAAUCAGAUUUGGUGUUUUUCGUCACCGGCCCCAAUGGUAAGAUGGGCUGUAAGAAAACUUGGCAUCUUCCGCGACACCUACUGGACCCUGGUAGCUUCAAGUCGGUGGCACGCAAACAGCUUGACCAAACUGUCCAUCAGUACCCAGGCACCGACGAAGAGCUGCUGGAGGAGCUCAUCACCAAGUACAUAAACACAUCUCGGAAACAAGGCUGCACAAAACAGUUGCCCAAGUACACUGAAACGACCAACGAACAGUUUGAUGCCGGUAUUUCGGAAAGGUAUUCAUAUAUAGGUGGAUUUUGUCAGCAGUCUAAAGUAGGCAUGUCUGAAGAUCCACCGGGAAGCUUCUAUGGCGUCCAGGUUUUCGCCCACGAAAUAGGACAUUCGUUGGGAUGUGUGCAUGACCAAAGCCCAGCAGAGCCCUCAGUACCCGGACACAAAGGUUCCGAGGCAUGCUCCUGGGAUGAGGGUUAUAUGAUGAGUUACGCCAUGAUGGACAGAAGAAUGUAUAGUUUUUCAAAGUGCUGCAUAGCUGAUAUCAUUAACGUGCUGAGCCGGCCAGAGUGGAGUUGUCUAAAAGAGCGAAAUCGUAAGUCCAAAAAGCCAAAAGGAUUACCAGGUCAGUACAUAUCGGGCAACGAUUACUGCAGACGCUGCUACCCAGGAAAAAGCGGAAUGCAAUACGAUAAAUCAUACGGAAUUAAGGAUUGCAAAAUGAAAUGUAUGUACAGCGAAGGCUACUACAUGCUUGGCGUUCCUGAUGGUGCUCCUUGUGAUACGACACGCAAAGGACACAUGGUACUCGGUUUUCUGAAUUCAUAA